AUGUAUUGGACCCUCCACUUCAUAGUCACACGUCUCCCUGACUCUCUCAGCUCAGUUAAGGACCACUUUCUUGCUCGCUGUCCCACCGAGCUCACCGUCGACCUCCUAGAGGAGCGCCUCCUUGCAACAGAGAAGAGCAUUGUCGCUGUAGGUGCUGCUCGUGGCACUCCUCGCACUCCUAUCUUUGAGGGUGGGAGGCAGCGCAACAGCAAUGGCAAGGGAGCCAAGGGUAGCGGAGGUGGCACUGGAGGGGGUGGUGGUGAAGGCGGUGGAGGAGGAGGAGUUGGCUGGGGGGCUGGUGGCGGGAGUGCAGGCGUGAGUGGUAGCGUCGGUGGAGGCGGUGGCGGCGGAGGCGGUCGGGGCGGUGGUGGCGGCGGCGGUGGCGGUCGGGGCGGUGGUGGCGGCGGCGGUGUCGGUCGGGGUGGAGGCACUGGCACUGGCCAGCGACAGCAGCAGCAGCAGCAGCAGCAGCAGCGUCCCCAGACUUCGUGA